CAUUGCAGUACAUUGAGCUCCAUAGAGACAGCGCCGGGGCAAGCGAGAGCCGGACGGGCACUGGGCGACUCUGUGCCUCGCGGAGGAAAACCAACUAAACAUGGGCAAAGGAGAUCCUAAGAAGUCGAGAGGCAAAAUGUCCUCAUAUGCAUUCUUUGUGCAAACCUGCCGGGAGGAGCAUAAGAAGAGGCACCCAGAUGCUUCUGUUAACUUCUCAGAGUUCUCCAAGAAGUGCUCAGAGAGGUGGAAGACUAUGUCUGCUAAAGAAAAGGGGAAAUUUGAAGGUAUGGCAAAGGCUGACAAGGCUCGUUAUGAAAGAGAGAUGAAAACCUACAUCCCUCCCAAAGGGGUGACCAAAAAGAAUUUCAAGGACCCCAAUGCACCCAAGAGGCCUCCUUUGGCCUUCUUCCUGUUCUGUUCUGAGUACCGCCCAAAAAUCAAAGGCGAGCAUCCUGGCUUAUCCAUUGGUGAUGUUGCAAAGAAACUAGGAGAGAACAACACUGCAGCGGAUGACAAGCAGCCCUACAAGAAGAAGGCUGCUAAGCUGAAGGAGAAGUAUGAAAAGGAUAUUGCUGCCCACAGAGCUAAAGGAAAACCUGAUGCAGUGAAAAAGAGGGUAGUCAAGGCUGAAAAGAGCAAGAAAAAGAAGGAAGAGGAAGAUGAUGAGGAGGAUGAAGAGGAUGAGGAAGAGGAUGAAGAAGAGGAAGAUGAAGAAGAAGAUGAUGAAUAA